ACGCCGCCAUCCCGCUGCGCUGCGUGGCGCAACCUAGUCCUUAGUGAAGCCCUUCUUUCCCGCCCCGAGUUUCCUUCCCGCGCGUGGAUACCAGGGAGACUCUAAGCAGCGGCGGCGGCGGCGAGGCUGGACCCUCGUGCUCCGCGAGCGUUUGGUUGCGCGCGCUACCGCGGAGGGCCGGGUGCGUCGUGCGCCCGCCUCGCCUGUUCCCGGCGGCGGCGGCGGGCCCUGCUUUUGGGGCUGCGCGGGGAGCUGUCAGUCAGAGAGCAGCCCCAGCCCAGGGUGAUGUCAGCGGAUCAGCUGCUCUAUAACAAAGCGCCGAGCGUGGGGAGACGAGCAAGCGGGCGGCGACGCAGGCACUGGCGGCUUGCUAGGGCGCGCUGCGCGGUGGCGGCCCCUCGCUCGCCUUCGUGGGCUCUCGGGGGGACACGGCGGCAGCCAGCCGCCCUCUUCGGCCGAGUGCCGGGACGCGAGCAGGGCCAGCCGAGCCAAGGAAGUUGUCUCUCCGCGCUGAGCCAUGGACAGUGACGAGGAGACGCUGGAAGAGACCGUCGAGGGUAACUGCGUCCCUUAGGCCUGAGGGGAGGGAGCGAGGGGAGGCGGGCACGGCGUCUUGGGGCAGGGGCGAGGGAGAGCAGGGACGGGCGUCUCCGAGGCGCCUCUUUGCGCCGGGGCUUCGCGCAUCUCCGCGUCGUGACUGUUCCGAGGAGCCCUUUCCGCCGCGGCCGCCUUUCGUGGGGGCAAAUAUGGUGCCUUUCUUGCCGCCUUCUUUCUCCCGCUUUUGUUGCGGUGGUUUGGCGAGCUGGUUCCUGUUCUCCUUCGUGGGACACGAGGGAGCGGGGAGACCUCGGGAGGAGGAGAGCAAGCGCGCGAGGCGGGCUGCCGUGAGCCCGGAGCUUGGAAGUUGGCCGGAGGCGCGUGGCUCGGCCUGGGCUGCAGCUUUGAGGGAAGCCAAUCGCGCGAAGAAGCGCGGAGCGAGCUGCCCUCCCAAAUAAGCUCAGACAGAAAUAGCUGCCCCAUCCCGGUCUGCAAGCGCUUGUGCUCUUCCUCUUCCUCCAGGAGAUGCGUGAUAGGUGCGGAGAGAGCAUAUCAGAUCUUUAUGUUGUCACCAAGUUUUAUUAGAAUCACUGGGACUCUUUAUUCUAAGAUGGGGAGGAGACCUGUGGUCUUCCAGAUGUUGUAGGACACCAGCUCUCCUAAGCAGCAGCCCACAGGAAUGAUGGGAGUUGUAGUUCGAUAACAUUUGGAGGGCUACAGGUUCCCCACUCCCAGGUAAAUGUGUGGUUGAGGGGCCAGUGGGGAUCUUUCCACAAUUUGACCGAGUGUUGAAAAUAUGUAAAUGCUUGCGCAAUCUUUCUCUGUUCUAAGGAUAAUAAUUAAAUCAAUCAUUCAUUGUGUUUCACCACAAGGGUUUUAAGUCCACUUGUAUCCGUGCAACAAAAGGAUACAGAAAAGUACAUGCAAUAAAACCCAAGCCUACUCUAAAGACACAUAAGUAUCUAAAAAGUUAAGAUAUUCAGCCACUUGUACCACUAUAAUAUUAAAAACAACAAACUGGGUGAAAAACAACGCCACCCCUGCAGGAGAUGAGAAAACAUCAACAAUAAAAUGCCUGGGAGUAAAUAAUAGUUUUUGCCUGCCUCUGAUAAUACAGUAUGACCAUCUUAGUUCCAAGUGGGCCUUCCUAGGGAGAGCAUUGCAUAAAUAGGGGAGUCACUACUGAGAAGACCCUCUAACAGCUUCUGUAUUCCUGCAAGGGGACACUUCCAGGAAGGCCUCCAGACAGACUCAUAUGGGUAGAGAUGUUCUGCAAGGUCCUGAGCCUUGAAUUCAGCCCAGAAGCCAGUGCAGUCAUGCCAGAACCAAUGUUAUAUAUGUUUGGUUCCUAUUAAUAAUCCAGCAGCAUUUUCUGCACCAGCUGAAACCGUCUUUCAAAGUCAGGCCCACCUAUAAUGCAUUCUAGCAAUGUAAUUACAAUUUGCAUUGUCAAAAAUGUUUUCAGCAACCACAAAGGCUUAAUGAAAGUUGAGCUUUUUCAUGAUGCUAUCAUUGCUUGAUUUAUUGAUCUGGGGCUUUAUGAAAUGUGAAAAGAGGCAUGGCUAAAAUGGCAAGGCUUGACAAGCUUUAGUGCCCUGGUUUCUUAAUUUCCUGCUUUUUGCCCAUUUAAUAUUAUAGUUCCACAUCUAUGAAAAAUAUUAAAAUGUGUAUCACUUGGAAAUUGUAAGAAAGGGUAGAUAGAUGUUUGGGGAUUUUUCCCUUUAAUCUUUCUGGACAGUGGCAUAGUUUUUCAACUCUGGAUAUUUGUCUUUGAACACUACUCCUGGAAAUAGUAUUGUGUUGUGUCCAUAGAUUUUGGUCCUGAAAGGAUCCAAGUAGUUCUAGUGGGGCAUGUAGAAUCAAUGCAGUGUAUUGUAUGGAUUGCUUCACUCUUGGCGUGCAAAUGAGCAGCUAUGUUGUAAACCUGGCACUAUUAAAUUUGGAAAUUAUAAUGGUGUUGGCGGCCAGAGAUUUUCUCUUUAGUCCAGCGUGAAGUAUGCUUGGCUGCCGCUGACUUAAUUCCUAUGUUGACUACAUUUAAAUGAUCACUUAAAUUCCAAGGAGUAACUCAAUUCAUUAUUGAAUUCUGCCCCUAGUUAUGUGUAAAUUCCAUUGAAACCUAUGCGGGGGUUGCCUGUGCACGGUUUGUGGGUGGGACUGCAGCUGUAUUUUGAAGCAUUUUUUUUCCUAUGAAAAAAAUAAAUGCUGUGAAAAUGAGCUCUAUUGUUCUCUAACAAAUAAAAGCAGAACAGAGCUGCUUGAACAAUUGUACUGGGGUUACAGUCAUCUGUGCAAGCUAAGGCAGAGGUUCUGCCUAUAGGAGGGAUUUGGUAGAAGAAAUAGGGGCCAGAAAGCAAAAUGAGCAGCACUGAAGCUGAAACUCAAUUUUGAUUUAUAAUAUUUACCAAUUUGAAAUUAUAUUUCCACUCCAGAUCCUUGUGGCAAACUUUAGGAUAGAAAUUGUGGGAUACUGUAUUGAGUGCUGGUGAUCUAAAAACAUAGCUGUGGAAAGAUGUUGUCUUUUGUAAAUAUUUAAUUAUUUGUGUUUGAAGCACUUACACAUGAAUACAGAAAGUAAAGGUAACCAUAUUGGCCCAUUAGAAAAAUCCCUAAAGCCCUAUUAGGACAAUACUUGUAUUAGUAUGAUGACAUUUCUCCCUAACAGGAGAAAUGUCAUCCCUAACAGGCUUUCUCCCUAACAGGAAUUUUGUAAUUUCAAGUAUUAUAGUAAUAUGUAGCUUAUCAGGUGCUUUCUUCAACAACUUACAUAUAAAAUAUGUCAUAAUAUAUAUAUGUUUUGAGCAUUCUUUCUGUAGUGUAGAUCUGAACCUUGGGAUCAUUGACUAAUUUGGGAAUCCUUAACAUUUCCAUUUGGUUUGGACCCUGGCAGCUCCUCCUUGUCUUCUGUUCUUGCCAGGAGAGCUUUAUUAGUCAACAGGAUUUGAUUCAGAAGUGCAACAAAAUUGCAGAAGUGACAGCAGAGUUGGAAAUGUGGAAGGGUUGAUGGGCAGUUGGGUGUAUUGAAAGUGUCCUGGUAAGAAACCUGAUACUGGCCUUACAACAGGUGGGGCAGAAGAAGAAAUUAUUUCAAAUGUGUGCAUACCUGUGCAUACCUGUCCAGCACUACUGCAAUGCUAUACCACCACCAUAGGCAGAUAUACUGCUGUUCAUGUUGAAGGCUGGGGCUCUACAAUAGCUCAAAAUGGUUUUGAAUCAUUAGUAAUUAAGAAUCUACCUAACACAUCCCCCUACCCCAUACACAAAAUCUCUGUCUGCAAGUCAAUGCAGUGUUGGCUUAUUCAAGCUGGAUUCAGGCUCCCCGCCCCCCAGUGGUAUAAUAGACACUGUUCAUUUUUUAAAAAUCUAAAUGGUGGGCCAAAAUAAAAUAAUUAUGCAAGUCAUGGGAAAUGAUGCCUUUGUGACAUCACCAAGACUCUUAAAAUCAGUUGUGUCUUUUUAGUUCAGAAACCAAGUGGCCCUAAGUUGCCCAUAUCAGAGUGAAUUUUGUUUUUCUGUGACCCUAUCCAACUCUUAAAGAUUGCCAUUCCACCCACCCUACCCCAUCAUUUCACCUCUCAAAACUCUCUUUUUUUGCAGCUGCAGUUUUAAGCUGGGAAAGGGAAGCUUCCAUUUGUGAGAAUUUAUAUAUGUAUUUAUGUGUGUAAGUGAGCUUCUUAAUUACUAAUGAUUCAAAACCAUUUUGAGCUAUUGUAGAGCCCCAGCCUUCAACAUGAACAGCAGUAUAUCUGCCUAUGGUGGUGGUAUAGCAUUGCAGUAGUGCUGGUGUGCAACAGGUUUUAGGACGUUACACUAGUGUAAUUAAUGACAAAGUGUGUCCUAAGCACUCUGCUCCUUCUGCUACUGCAGAAGACUUUAGGAGUGUGUGUGCGUGUGUGUGUGUUUUGAGAACAAACAUAAUUUACUGACUUUCAUUGGCUGUAAUAAGAAAAAUAAUAAUGUUGUUUCUGAAUGUUCAAUUCACCACACUUUCCUCUUGCUGCAAACAUAGAAUUCAGUUAUUUCCUUCUCGGGUAGGAAAUACAUUCUGGUGUGUGUAUAGUUCAACAGUGAGUAUCAUUAUUUGCAGAGAUGAGAUUAAAACAGCAGAAUGACAGUCAUGGCUGUUUGGGCUCACUCAUCCCUAGUUUAUCAGUGCAGCUUGCGUCAGUCUCUACACCUUGACAUGGAAGUGUCAUUUGAUUGCCUGCAGGCCCCUUUGUUCUCAUCCACCCAGCUUGUUACUAUCUUGUAUCUGUUAUGAUCUUGAGUUCCAGAGGCUUUAAGCAAAAUCUGAUCAAGGUUUCGAAUUUGCUCCUUAACUAAGGCUAUAUACCCAUUAACUUAAAAGUUUUCAAUCACUCCUUUCCUCCCUCUCAAUCUCUCUCCCUUCUUGCUCCCAUGCCAUGGCCACUUUUGCUGUGCAAUCUUCCUUCUCAGAUGUACACACCAGCUUAGCUGCAGCAUUAAUAAAGCAUACAGCAGUAUUUCUCAAUAAACUAUAGGAUGGAGACAGAUUGUGGCCAUCUGCACAUGAGUUCAGACACCAGUGGUGAGAUCACAGUGGUUCCAGAGUAAACGAUAAUGUGUACACAGCGUAAGAGGCUGGCUCCAAGCCUGCUAAAAAGCAAAAUGGAAAAAUAAUUCAGUGGUCUGAACGAGACUGUGUGGAACAAAUGUCAAGUUCGGUUCAGCCACUGCAGACUGAUAUAAAGUUACAAGUGAGCUUUGCCUGAGGACUGACAAUUACACAAUUUAUGCUUUCUUGGAUGGCUUGUGCGACCCAUUCCUACAGAUCAGCCAAGUACCAGUACUGGAGUCCCCGUAAGAGUCUUCUAAAACAGCCUGUGCUUUUGCUGUCUGUCACAAACUGUGAAGACAGAUAUUUGAACGCAUGUAAAAAUGCUCGAAGCUUGAUUGGUUCUUAUUUCUUCUCCUCAAGAAUGUUAACCAUUUCAUGAGCGAACAGUUGUCUCAAGUAUGAGAAGCAUAUAGGAUACAUGUGGAUCAAAACACAUUCCUCACACGUAUCCCAAGUUUUAUGGUGCUGCAGGUUGGGGUUAGGGUUUCUGGUUUUGUAUGACCAGGCUGUGCACUGGGGAAGGACAUCUAAUAAACACUGCAGCAGCUCCUUAGCAAAACUACCUGUAGUUCUCCUCACUGUAGUGCAUUUGCGAGUGGUUGCUGAACAACUCCAGGCACGCCUGGAAGAAGCGGACCAUUUGGAUUCCUUCCAGUCGGGAUUCAGGCCUCAUCAUGGGACUGAAACUGCCUUGGUCGCACUGGUUGAUGAUCUCCGGCAGGCUAGGGACAAAGGUGAGAGCUGUUUCCUAGUUCUGCUGGAUCUCUCAGCGGCGUUUGAUACCAUUGACCAUAACAUCCUUCUGGACCGUCUUGAGGGGCUGGGAGCUGGGGGCACUGUCAUACAGUGGUUCCGCUCCUUCCUCCUGGGCCGUGUUCAGAAAGUGGUGGGGGGGAUGAGUGGGCAGACCCCUGGGCUCUCACGUGGGGGGUGCCUCAGGGGUCUGUCCUCUCCCCAUGCUUUUCAACAUUUACAUGCAGCCACUGGGAGAGAUCAUCAGGAGGUUUGGGCUGGGUGUUCAUCAGUAUGCGGAUGAUACCCAGCUCUACCUCUCUUUUAAAUCAGAACCAGUGAAGGCGGUGAAGGUCCUGUGUGAGUGUCUGGAGACGGUUGGAGGAUGGAUGGCGGCUAACAGAUUGAGGUUGAAUCCUGACAAGACAGAAGUACUGUUUUGGGGGGACAGGAGGCGGGCAGGUGUGGAGGAUUCCCUGGUCCUGAAUGGGGUAACUGUGCCCCUGAAUGGGGUAACUGUGCCCCUGAAGGACCAGGUGCGCAGCCUGGGAGUCAUUUUGGACUCACAGCUGUCCAUGGAGGCACAGGUCAAAUCUGUAUCCAGGGCAGCUGUUUACCAGCUCCAUCUGGUAUGUAGGCUGAGACCCUAUCUGCCUGCAGACUGUCUUGCCAGAGUGGUGCAUGCUCUGGUUAUCUCCCGCUUGGAUUACUGCAAUGCGCUCUACAUGGGGCUACCUUUGAAGGUGACCCGGAAACUACAACUAAUCCAGAAUGUGGCAGCUAGACUGGUGACUGGGAGCGGCUGCCGAGACCAUAUAACACUGGUCUUGAAACACCUACAUUGGCUCCCAGUACGUUUCCGAGCACAAUUCAAAGUGUUGGUGCUGACCUUUAAAGCCCUAGAUGGCCUCGGUCCAGUAUAUCUGAAGGAGCGUCUCCACCCCCAUCGUUCUGCCUGGACACUGAGAUCCAGCUCCGAGGGCCUUCUGGUGGUUCCCUCACUGCGAGAGGCCACGUUACAGGGAACCAGGCAAAGGGCCUUCUCGGUAGUGGCGUCCGCCCUGUGGAAUGCCCUCCCAUCAGAUGUCAAAGCAAUAAACAACUACCUGACAUUCAGAAGACAUCUGAAGGCAGCCCUGUUCAGGGAAGUUUUUAAUAUGUGACAUUUUAGUGUAUUUUUCAUCUUUGUUGGAAGCCGCCCAGAGUGGCUGGGGAAACCCAGCCAGAUGGGCGGGGUACAAAUAAUAAAUUAUUAUUAUUAUUAUUAUUAUUUGCUAGUGCAAAGGAUGACAGCUGGUCUCUAAGUAGAACUGAUGGAAUCUCCUGCUGCAGCUUCAUGAAACGGCUGUUGCCAGAUGAGAUAAGGGAGAUGUGAUGGAUUUGGCCCCUCACCAGGGCGACAGAGUAGCCCUACAUCCCUUCCUUCUGCUGCAGACUGAUGGCAUGGCCCAUACAGGCUAUGGAAUUUCCUGUAGUCAAGGAAACUAUGUCAGGCAUGACUUUGAGUUAUAGCUGAUGCUAAAUAAUGAUGGGAGUUGACUCAUCACAUAUAACCAGGCCAAGUUGCUGGUGCAGAGGGAGACAGCCUAGCAUCUGGUUGGUUGCAACAAUUUAGGGACUAGUGGCUUAGCUCAGUGGGUUAGAGCAUGGUGCUGAUAAUGCCAAGAUUGCAGGUUCGAUCCCCAUAUGGGACAGUUGCAUUGCAGAGGGUUGGACUAGAUGAUCCUCAGGGUCCCUUCCAACUCUAGAAUACUAUGGUUCUAUGAGGUGAUGGUGACGUUUAGGGGCACCUUGAGUGUGAGGGUGAUGUAACCAGUGCUGAUGGUUCAUUAUCAGGUGUUGAGGUUGUGCAGUACCACACAUGUUAUUCUUUAAAUAUUAAUUUGUUUGUUUGUUUGUUUGUUGUUUGUUUUCAAUGAUACAACAAAUAUAAAAUCAAAACAGAAGACAUGUGUUAUGAUUCUGCAAUUGGGAGUGAGUGGAUGGAAGUAGUUCUAUACCCUUCAGGGUGAAAACCUGCUCUAGUAUAGAUCUGGACCCUUCUCAGGUGAGAGAUGGGAGAAGAGAAUUAGAUAGUCCCAUGGGAGUGGGGCAUAAGGUCAUGAGUGCUUCAGACAUUAGGAGUGUAUUUUAUAUAUGUGCUUGGCAGUGACCCUUUGUAUGUGAGUUGUGAUAUUGUUGGGUAUGAGUGGUUUUUGUAUACGUGGUAAUGUUUGAGGUAGUGAAUUUUGUGUGAAAUGGCUGGUGAGUGGACUUGGACAAAUGAUUGUAUAUGCAUUGUGGUGUUUGGAAUUUUACAUUAUACUGCUUUGUAACACUCUGAUUUUAUUUAUUUCCAUACUGCAUUAUGUUUCUGUAUAUGUACAUUCUUCAUGUAUUUUGUUUUGUGAAUUUGACAUGGUUCUAUUGUACUGUACUUGGUGUGUCGGUGUGUGAAUAGGUUCUUGAAGCUUCCCAGCUAUUCAGAACGCUGGCUGGCUAGUUCUUAGGGCAAUUGCACAACUGUUCUUCAGCCCCCACAUCCAGAAUAGUGUUUUAAGUUCAGAAGGGGAAGGACAAAGAAACAAUUAAGUUAAUAAAUAUGCUGGCUAUUUGAAAACAAGGUUUCUUAAAAGGGAGUAGUUUGGCCAAAGCAUGCAGGGUAAGGGCAGUAAUCCAUGCUGAUGUCUGAGGCAGGAUUGUGCAGCAGUAGAGGAACAGAGGCUGUGUUAGGAGUCGGAGCUUGUGCUAAAGCACAAAACCCCACAUCCAAUCCACAUGAAGGUACAUCUGCAUGAACUCUUGCAGUAUCAUUGUCUUGGUCUCACUGGCCUCUUUUCAAUUUUUAUUAGGCGCACUCGAUGAUGAUGGGAUGCCGCACGGGUUCUGUACGGUCACAUACUCCUCCACAGACAGAUUUGAGGGAAACUUUGUGCAUGGAGAGAAGAAUGGCCGUGGAAAGUUCUUCUUCUUUGAUGGAAGGUAGGCAUUCUUUGGGGUAUGGCUUUUUGUUUGCUUAAUACUUCAAAUAUUUUUAUAACUUUGUGGGGUUUUUUCUAGACUAUGGUUGUGAAAAUAAUACAAAGUUAAUACAUCUCCUACCACACCUUACCCUUGCAGUUCACUCUGCUAAUGCUGUUUGAGUAGAGCAAGAAGGGAGAGACACUGAAAGGGAGGGGGGAAAGCUGUUCUAAAUUUCUCCCUCUUCCAUUCCUCAGCUGCCUCAUUAGAGCCCUGAAACAUUCCAUAGUUUCCGCAAUGUAUUUCACUCCUGGUACCAUGUGUUGUCUUCAACACAAAGCUCCAUGUCCAGUAUAGUAAUUAUAUGUACAGCAUUCAUCAACGAAUGUAAACUUCUCUAACUGAGCAAGAUAACUGACAGGCUUGCUCUUAAGGUUCUAGUCACCUUAAACAUACAGUAAUAGCAUGGGGUGUGCACACAAGGGAGACUGCAGAACAGGAGAGAGGAUGAAGUCUGGAAAUGGGGGUAAUCUGUGUACAAGGGACAGUUCAGAAAAGUAAGGUGGCGGUGGAGGUAGAAAGGGAGUGAUGGUGAAAAUGGGGGUGCAAGAAAGGAGGAAGCAGGUAGCAUUGGAAUGGGGUUGAAUAUGAAAGAGUCUGAAGAAUAGCAGGGGAUAGUGACUUCAUAAUUGGGCAGAAGGUAAAAAGAGUGCUUAGCAAUACAAUGUAUGGGAGAUGUAUAAUAUGAGGUUAUCGGGGGGUUGUGUGCAAAGGAGGGUGCACAAGAGAAGGGGGAGGCAUAGGCAUGGGGGUGAAGGUUAAAACAGGGGGACAAGGGGGAUUUCAUUAAAGAAGAGAGAAGUGGUAUCAGAAAGGGGGUUGGGGAGAGGGGAAAUCAAGCUUAAUAGCUGCAUGGGGUGGGAAGGGGAAGCGCUAAAGUGUUAAUGUGGGGGGAAUGGCAGGUGGGUUGGUAAGCAGAGCAAGCAGGGGUUUAGCCUCCAGUAAUACAUUUUUUAAAAACCAAAUUAAAAAGCAACACAGAUUUUAAACACUUCCAUAAACAGAUUAAGAGCAAUGAUCUACAAGUAUAGAAAGCCAGUGACAGUAAAACUUGAGAUGUUAAAGGCUGCCCAGAAAAGAAAUGUUUUCAACUUGUGAUGAAAAUGAACCAGAGAGGAAGCCUGACAGAUCUCCAUGGGUACAGAAUGCUAGAGUCACUGGGCCACUACCAAGAAGGUCCUGUUGCUCACUUACCUGAGAUGAUGGUACAGAGAGCAAAGUGGCUGAGGCUGAUGUUGAAGCCCAAGCAGUUCUGCAUUGUGGGGAGAGUGUCCUUAAGGUAAUGAGACAUUUUUACUUUGAGAACAUUUCAUAAAAUAAACUAGAUACUAUUGAUCCCUGUGCCCUACCCUUUUCUCGUUACCAGCACAUUAGAAGGCUAUUAUGUGGAUGAUGCUCUGCAAGGCCAGGGUGUAUAUACAUAUGAAGAUGGAGGGGCUCUUCAUGGCACUUACGUAGAUGGAGAACUAAAUGGGCCAGCCCAGGAAUAUGAUGCUGAUGGGCGACUGAUAUUCAAAGGGCAAUACAAAGAUAAUAUUCGAUGUGGGAUUUGUUGGAUAUACUACCCUGUAAGUACGUUGGACUUUUUCAAAUACGCAAGGUGGGAAAUGAGUUAUAAACCUAAAUGGGGAGGUGUGGCAGCCAAGUAGGGGAUGAAGUGAUAUCUGACACAUGGGGAAGACAAAUCCUGUUGCGUUGCUGAGAGAGGCAGCUGGGCUGCAUAACUUCCACCUGCAAAGGAGAGCAAAGGGUUGUGAUUUGUCAGCCUGCCAGAAUCCUAGCAAUCCUUUUCACACUUGUGGUGGUUGUGGCUUCUCAUAAUUUGGAUGCAGAUGCAGCAUGGUAAGAUACAUUUGCCUUCCACAAGUUGCCGCUGUGUGCAAACUGUGUACAUGAGAGUAAAACGCACCAUGUGCCUUUCUCAGCCAUAUGCAUCUUUUUAAAGAUUUAAGUCAAACCUGUGGGGGGCUUUGUGGGUUUUACUUUCCAUUCUAAGAGAGGUGCUUUUCUUCAUAAAUACUUUGCUGAACAUAGUUCUCUACUGUCUUUAAUUUAGAACCAUUAUAGCAGGGUUGCUUCUGGCUUUCACAAAUGAAUAGUUCUAUUCAGGCCACUCAAGCUAGUGACACUUUGCCUAAAUAAAUACUGAAUAGUAACUAUGUACAUGCUUUAGACAUCAGUCUGCUGUAACAAAAUGUUCUGAACUCGGAAGCCAGAAAAAAGGAUUCAGUGUGCUUUUAAACAUCUAUAUUUUUGCUGUCCUCCCCAGCCCCCCAAAGGAGGGAGGUCAAGGUGACUUCUGUGUAAAAUGUGUGUUUAUAAAUAUCAGCAUUUAACUGGAUAAUCUUGGGAAGUUAAAAAUAUAUAUAUAACUUACUAGGCAUGACUAGAGAUGCAAAGAACCUGUUCAGAGAAGUGUCUGUUCUGUGCUUUUCAAUAAAAUAGUGAACAGGCUGUCACAAUCUUGGAGAUGAAGCUGUAAUGGAUCUCCAACAAGGCUCUUAGGAUUUUUAUCUUUGGUUCACAAAACCCAAAAAAAACUUUCCUCUGCAAGUUAUUUAUUUAUCCAUCUAUCUGUUUAUGGAUUGAAGAGCUAAAUAAUACUGUUCAGUUAUUUUACUUGGUUUAUGGUUAAUUUGGCUGCAAUUUGUUUGGAAGAGUCCUCACCCCCUUUUUUUUGUAGAAAUACCCUGGAUUUAUACAGGGCUUUGUUAUAGCAGAACUGGAUUGCUGGAAUAAACACAACUCACUGAGAUCUGUACAGGGUAGCAAAAGAUAAGAGUCAGCAGGAAGUGAGGUUUAAAGAACCUAAGCUGCAGCUGGUACCUAUGAAACAAAAAUAUUAUAGAUAGAUGUAUUUUGAUUAGCACAGUUGUUACUUUUGGGGGGUAUCCAUCUAAAUUAUACCUGGAGUAGACUCAUUGACAUGAUUAGCUUUGGUCCAUUAAUUUCAAUGGGUCUUCUCUGAGAAAAAGUUAGUUGGAUGCAGUGCAAUAUCUGUGUUGCUAUUGAAAGGUUUCAAAAAUGUGUGUGCACACAUAAACAUUUCCCUCUUAAAAAGGUGCAGCAUUUAUUGUACCAAUAUUAAUGCUUCUCAUUCAGGAUGGUGGACAUCUGGUUGGAGAAGUUAAUGAAGAGGGAGAGAUGACUGGCGAGAAGAUAGCCUAUGUGUACCCUGAUGGGAAGAUGGCCUAUUAUGGACACUUCAUAGAUGGUGAAAUGUUGGAAGCAAAGCUGGCAACUCUUGUAUCCGUAGAAGAGGGGAAGCCACAAUUUGAAGUGCUGCCAGGCAGUAAGUUCUCCUUGAUGUGCAAAAUGGUGUUGUGUAGCAUGGCUUCCACACACCAUUUUGAAGAUAACUUUGAGCAAACGAUGCUUUCAGUUUGUUUGUUUUUCACAUUGCUCCAGUUUUGUUCUUGUGCCAAUGCCCUCCACUCUGCAAGAUAGAAUUACUAAAAUUAGAGCUGCCAUGGUGUGUUGACAAAAUGGAUUGGAGCGGGUUGUACACUCCGAGCCAGAAGAAAUAUAAGGGAUGGUAGUUUAGGGUUGCUUCACAUUACAUUUUGAAUUUGGACCUGGUAUGCAAAGUAUAAAUACCAUAUAUCAGUUGAGACACAUUUUACUUUCCACUUCCUUUGGUAAAAGGUAAUGAAAUUGGGUCCCAGGUCUGUAUCAAUUGCUGCUGCUUUUGAUUUUGUUAAGGAAAAGUGUUGGUGAUAAUAUGCACUGACCACACAUCGUUGAUGUGGGGUGCAUGCAUUUUUAACUUGGUUUUACAUAUUCAGGGGGGAAAUAUAAUGUUAAAGCACUGUUGGGAAACGUUAUUUCUAGCAUGUAUAAACCUGAACUCAUAUUUGUUACAAAGGUGACUGAAUACUGCUUGCAGUUUUGAGGAGAAAUGAAAAUGGUGAAAAAAAUUUAUGCAGAGCACUGUUUUAUUAUAUAGUAGACAGACCUAAAUACAAUAUCUUUUCUGUCUUGUUUUAAAAACUUAAUUUCCUUAUGGUGUGUUGAAUGCAUAACACUUUAAUAAGAGAGAGACCUGCAUCUUCAUCUUGAUUGUCCGUUAAUUUGUGUACUUUUUUUGUUUUGCUUUGUUUUUAGGCCCAGUAUACAGUUUUGAUAAAUCUACUUCAUCUUGCAUUUCUACAAAUGCACUUCUUCCUGAUCCUUAUGAAUCGGAGAGGUAGAAUAAUUUAUGUGUAUCAUUUUGCCCCCUUUCUUAAAUAUUUGCAAAGAAACAAUUUAGUUGUUCUGCUUUGCAUUUUAAGACAGCAUUCAGCAACACUUUAUUCCUUUGAAUUGCAAACAGAACUACUUGUGUGCAAAUGACAUCAUAUUAGCUCAUUAAUUUGAUGGUUAUCUUGCAUGAGCUUAAUUGAAUUGAAAUGUUUUCCUAAAAACAUGAAUUGGUAUGAAAAAUCUGUAACUAUUAAGAGGAAACUUUUAUAUUUCUUCUAAAAGUGAUUUUUAAAUGAAUUUUUAAGUACAGUAGUGAAAAACUGUGAUACUGUACUAAAGUAUUUCUUUGUUUAAUAUAUCUCUCAGUGGCUACAAAUAACUGUUUCUCUACCCACCCCCCGCCCAAAAAAACAUUGCAAUACUUUUCUUUGGCUGUUCAGAAGAUGAUCUUCAAUAUACAUAAUCAGGAUUUGGCAGAGACAGAAACUUGAUGGGACUCUGCAUUUUGUUGGACAAAGCGCUGAUACACUUUUCCUUUUUUCUAAACACAGAGGCUUUGUCACAUUUGACACCUGUGCUAGCAUUUCUUCCCAUGGCCCAAAAUUAAUUAUCUUAAAUUUACAUAAACUAAUAAAAUAGUUUUCUAAAAAUAUUAGUGUAUUACAGAGUAGUAAUAAUGACACUGUACCUUCUUUUUACUCUUUCCUUUCAUCAGGGUAUAUGUAGAUGCAUCUCUCAUUUCCAGCGCAGGAGAAGGGUUAUUUACUAAAGUAUCUGCUGAGGCUGGCACAGUUAUGUCCUUUUACAAUGGCGUACGAAUUACACACCAGGAGGUAAAGUGAAGUGAGAACUUUUCAUUGCUACUUCUGAAACACCUCCUUUUUGGAAACAUUUUUGUUGCUUGUUCACCUUGUUAUUUCAAAAAUGCUUCAGUAUUCAUCAGGAUUAGGUAAAAAAAGUGUCAUAUAAUGCAUGGUCAAGGAUCCUGUAGUCAUUAUGGGAUCUCACAAGUAUUUGAACAUCCAAAGGUUCUCUACAGAGAAUUGUCUUGUUAAAAGUGUAUCUUGCUUCUCAGUUUCCUUAAUAUCAGUCCAGCAAGCCUUAGAAAAUUAAGGAUGAUUUUGUUUACUCGAUUACAGAUUUCAGUAGGUAUGCCACAAGUCUGCUGUAAAACUGAUUUUUAUUGUGUAGAGGUAAUGAAGCAGAAAGGGCAAGAAGUUAAGGCAACUUACUAUGGUCAGGACUAUUGGAGUGGCAUGUUUUCCUUCUCUUAAAUUUGUUUCCUAAUAGAGUACAGUGGUACCUCUGGUUGCAAACGGGAUCCGUUCCAGAGGCCCAUUCGCAACCUGCGUUUGUGCACGCGCAGGUCGCAAUUCACAGCUUCUGUGCAUGCACAUGGCGUCAUUUUGCACGUCUGUGCAAGCGGCGAAACCCAGAAGUAACGCUUUCUGGUACUUCCGGGUUGCCGUGGGAUGCAACCUGAAAAGAUUUAACCCGAAGCGUCUUUAACCUGAGGUAUGACUGUACUUGCAAGCGUGAUUGAAUACCACUGGUCUCUCUCCUUUAAAGCAUAUAACACAAGAAAAAUCUGCGUUGUAUCUUCAGUCUGACAAAAACACAAAGUUGACACUGCAACAAUGUCUAUUUUAGGUGGAUGGCAGGGACUGGGCUCUGAAUGGAAACACAAUAUCCCUUGAUGACGAAACAGUCAUAGACGUACCGGAACCCUACAACCACGCAGCCAAAUACUGUGCCUCAUUGGGGCACAAGGCAAAUCAUUCUUUCACACCAAAUAGUGUCUAUGACUCGUAAGUAUUAAACUUGUGCUUUAUGAAGGUGCUGCUUUUCAGGUGUCAGAACUGUAUCUGCCAAUGCGAUAGCAGAUGAUAUCAAAGGAUCACUGCAACCACAGCACUAUAUCAAGUGGGUGGGAAAAACUGAUGAAAAAUACAGUUGAAAGCAAGGGAAGCAUUCCUGGAAAAUGGCACUUAUCCAUCAUGCUCUGAGUCAGGGGUGGCUAGCCCUGACCACCGACUCCUGAAGAUUUUUUGGGGCCCUCCUCCUAAAAAAACCUACCAAAUUUGUCAUUUUUUUUUAAUUAAAUGGUUUUUAACCGAAUUUAAUGAAUGAAGAUAAAUUAUUUUAAAUGGUGUAGAAUUGCUGUUGGGAGACCCUUUUGGAAGGCAGACUCAUUAACUGCGCCCAGUUGUGUGCUUUGUUCGUGCCCACGUUAACAUGUGACUCCCGAGGGUUGAUAAUAGGUGAAUACAACCCUCUGUCCAGAAAAGGUUAGGCACCCCUUAUCUAAGUGGAAAAUCCUGCAUGAGCCACAAACAUUUUGCUCGGAGGUAGGUGGCAGGAUCUUUCGUUGAAGAAGAUGCUGAGGUGUAUCUUCAUAGUUUUGCCUCUGUGUUCAGCGGUGGCCCUACUAUGAGUCAAGAGAGCUGUUUCCGCUGCCCUCUGUUCUUAGUCCCAUCCACUCUCCUGUUUUAUCCACAGUGGACGGACUGCUUAACUGUAACUUUUUCCAAAACUUUUGUUGUUGCUAUUUAACAAUAUUUUGCUGCUGGCUAAAUAUCUCUAUUUGGUUUUUUGUCGUUGAAAUACACUGCAGACGUCUGAUCUCCCUGGAGACCAAGAGAUGUGACGAUAGACUGCUCUGCCUCCUUUCUUUUAGCAAAUGUUUUGUGCCACUGGGGAAGUGGCAAUUCUCUAUUGAUUUGUUUUGGAUGUUGUAUGUGAUGCCAAUGAAGGUUUUACGAUAUGAAUAUUUUGCUGCAGAAAAAAAAGUGGUCAGCGACACUCCUAUAGUGUUCUCUGGUAGUGCUGCGUCACCUAUAUCUAAAAAACACACAGGAUAUAUGUAAAGCUUUCAAGAAAAUGAAUACAUCGUUUGGGCUUGCUGAGUUUCCUUUUUCUGACUGUGUAUGCUUCCUUCCUUUCUAGGUUUGUUCAUCCUCGUUUUGGGUUGAUUAAAUGUAUCCGCACUAUUAGGGCUGUUGAGAAGGAUGAAGAAUUAACAGUGGCUUAUGGAUACGACCACAAUCCCAUUGGACAAAAUGGGCCGGAAGCUCCAGGCUGGUAUCAGGUGGAACUGAAAGCCUUCCAGGCUACUCAGAAGAAGUGACAAACGUACAGUUUCCCUCCUCACAAUGGAUCUAUGCACUACCCUUGAUACUGAUACUGAAAACCAGGACAGCCAGGGUUUGUCUAUGGCUGUCCUGCAACCCUUCACUCCGUGCCAGAGAGGGUUUAUUUUCCCUAAUAACAAGUUUUAACCUUUAAGUUCAAGCAAUUUUUAAAAACUUAGCUAGUGUUGUAAAAAACUAUUCAAUAUGCCAUACAAAGCAGUGUGAUUAUUUGGCAACCAUUCUGUAUCAUAUGCAAAGUUGCCAAAUUCUAGGAAGGGGGGGGAAUAGGGUGUUUGGAGUCCUCCCUCCCCCACCAAAAAAAUACCUAGUAGUUAUUGUGCAGCUGCAUUUUGUACACAUGCCAUUUUGUGAUGGUAAUAGAACUGUGCUGUUUUUAAUAUUCUAGAAAAGGAGCAUAAUUUUUGCUCUCAAAAAACCUUUGAGAAUAUUGCUUUAGAACAAUUUCUAUCUUUGGUGCACAGAAGGCUGUCCUUUGUAGAUUCCCUCUCUCUUAACACUGUCAUUUCGCUAAAAGACAAAUACUUUUAGGAGACUGCACAGAGGUUUAAACAGUGAUGUGGGUUUUUAUGACUCUGCGGACAAACUGUUUUAAGAAAUGUGCCUAUGAAAACCAGAGCUAGUAUGAUUUUAAUUAUGAUGUUCGCACCUGGGUAAUUUCUAGAUGACUUUUUUAAAUAUAAAGUUGAAAUGUGAAAGAGUAAUUUAUAAAGAUAUGCUGAUGAUUAUAAUCAGCAUAAAAAUAAGUGAAUCAAGGUUGUACCAUGAGGUUUUUUUGCUUGCUAAACUUUUUUCCUUUUCUUUUUCACCCCCUUUCCUGUCUCUAAAUGGUUGGGUGGGAAUCCAUCAGGGUAGAUUUAUUUUGAUACAUAGGUAAACAAAGAACUGGAAGAAAAUGAGUAAUUUAAAGGUUAAUAGCAAAAACCCCAAUUUCUGCUGUAGAACAUGUCAUGUCAAAUAGCUUUUUGGAAAUUAGAAAAUAAAUACAUUUUAUAAUUCUUAACUAGCAUUUAACUGUGAUCGGUGACACAAUAUUAUAAUCAAAAAAAAGAGCUUUCAAGGCUCUGCAGGUCAGCUGCAAUACUGACACUUACCUUUUAAAACAGAUUUAUCAGUAUCUGCAGUGUUAGUGGAUCACUUGCUUAAAAAUGCUUGUAACUAGAAAAAUGUGCACAUACUCCUAUGGGGGGAAAUGGCUCUCAGGCUGCAGUCUUGUGGCUAUGUGUCUGGGAGUAAGCCUUGUUGUACUCAGUGCAGCUUACUUUUGAGUAGACAUAUAUUGGAUUACACUUUUAGUUUCUCCUAUGGGAAAAUUUCCUUGUGUAUGUUUGUUACCUGCACACUGAACAUCCGCUUAUAGAGAGAGGGGGAAAGAACGGGAAGCACCAAAUACAAGAGAAGAAAAGGCAAGCCUCAAAAUUGCAAUGAAAUGUAUAAAAUAAAAUAGUAAAUUGCACAUUGGUAGAAACCUUUCUCAGAGGGUCUAGUAAGUUUUUCCUUACCAAACUAAACAAGGAUGGUUUCCUCCAAAAUGUUUUGGGCAAUUUACUAAGUUUGACUGUUUUUUAGAUUUGUUUUCUAAAUGAGUAAAUCAAAAGCAGUUUAUGUGAUUUCAUAGCAAAAGAGCAGUGAAUGGAAGCUUUGGUGGCACUCCCAGCUUUUUACUCUAUAGAAUGUAUUUUUUAGCUCCUUCAAUUAUAGCAAAUAGCUAACACAGAUGAGAUUUGAUUGGCUCAACUGGGCUUUUUGAGGCUGAACUGAUCCUCACUUAUAGAAGUGAACUGAAAAAAGGCUGAAAUGUUAUAAUGCUGCUUCUACAAAUUGGUGCAAACAGAAGAGGAAAAGUCUGUUUUGCAAAUGCACAAGCACUUAAGCACAACACCAAUUGCUGUUAGUAGAUAAAUACUAUUCAAGUUGAUAGACCACUAUUUGGGUAUUGUUUCAGUGAAAUUAGUCCAUCUGAGAGGAGGCGUGGUCUAUUUGUAAUAUCCUUCCUGAGUUUGCCUGCAUGGAGUUUCUUUUGAAAUACUACUUUGAGAGAGCCCCAUUGAGCUCACUUGCUUCUGAAUAAACAUGCUUAGGAGCACAGUGCAUAUGCUGUCUGUUAAGAUGCAGAAAUGCUAGAAAGAUUCCUCUUGGAUAUUCUUACUGAUUUACUAUUCUAGUAGUGAAGAAAUGUUUUCUGUUAUGUGCUCCGGAACUCUGCAUGUCUACAUUGCACUCUGUGGUCUAUUUAGAUAGGGAUGUGUUCCGGCUAAUUUUCACUUCAUGAUUUUUGGUAUUGCUUGUGAUUUUUAUUUUAAUUCUUCUUCAGAAGCAGUUUGCUGUUCAUGCGAAGUGCUAACACUUAAGCCGAGCACUUUCUUCCUGGUAAAAAGAGAGUUCCUUUCUAGGAGAUGUGACUAUUGAGCUAGAACAGCCUUCCCCAGCCCUGUGCUCUUCAGAUGGUUUUGAUUGCAACUCCCAUCAUUUCUGACCAUUAGCCAAACUGGCUGGGGCUGAAGGGAGCUGUGGUCCAACAACAUCUGAGGUUACCAGUUUGUUGAAAGCUCUGCUAAAGAAUCUGCAUGGUCUCUUAAGGUGAGGGAUGGGGAUAAUUCUGGAAAGCUCCAUUUGGUUCACAUUUCAUUUUUAAAAGCAGUUGUGAAGAGAGUUAGAGUACUUUGGAAAACUCUGCUGAUACUUGUUGAAGCAAUGUGACUCUGUAGACAUAAACCACAUUUAACUAAUAACCAUCAUUGCAUUUAAAAAAACCGUAUAGGGAAAUAAAUUCUGCAGCUGUCUUGCCAGCUUCAUUGCCUGUUUUGAGAAAUAGGAAAUAUUGGCUGAUAAGUUAAGCUGAAACUGCUCUGCGGCAAGUUGAACCCCACAUAUUUUUGUGUGAAAUUGUUGUUUUUCUGCUUUAUGGCAGCCUUUUAGAUACUUGACAACUGUUGUUGAGCUUCCUUCUCCGCUGGCUUUAACCUUUUGUCUUAAUGCAAGGCUUAGUCAUACAUUGAUGCAUACAUAUGAGAAUCCUAUUCAGAGAGGUCUUGCCCUUUCUGUGGUUUGUGCGCAGUCUUAACUUUGCAUUCAGAAAAAUGACGAAUUUAUUAAUGUUACUUCUAGAGAAAACCCACCCCACAAAACACAUGGUUUGACAAUAUUGGCAAUAAUAGCACUUAGAGAAAGGACAAAAAUAAUUAUUUGAAUUAAUGCUUGCCUUUUUAAAUCUGAAGAGCAAGACAAGUGUUUACUCUCUGGUGCUUCAUGUGGCUUGGAUUCUCACUCUGUUGUGUUUGAAUCGGCACAAUACUUUUCCAAAACAGGACACACGGAAGUUGUUUGUUUUGCUGAUCUUCCUGUAGUUGUGGUGACUUUCUAAUAAGAAUUGCUUUGCUGUCUCAUCCAGCAUUGUGUUCUCUUAACAGUGGCCAAACUUGACUAUAGUUGUGUUUGUUGGAGGUGUAAAGUUUGAUGGUAUUUGUCAAUAUCCAAUCACAAAAAAUAGAUUCUUGCACUUGUACUUACAAUAACUGUUGAAGAAAAUGGUAGCAGCCAUUUUUAUCUUCAUUGUUUGUGUUUUGCAGUAAACGGAGCAAGGAGCAGGGGGGAGAUGGCUAGUUUAUCAUUUUUCAGACCUCCUGCCCUCAAAGAAUCCUGCCUUGUGCCUUUGCCAAUCACAAUGGUGAGGUGGUGGCGGCGGCUGCUGCUGCUGCUGCACAGGAGAAAAAUGUAGCCAGCAAAGUGCAUGUGUGUGUGUUUGUUUCUGGGUGGACUGUUUUUGUGAAUGCACCAAAUUGCAAAAAGGUAGCACAGAACGUCCAGGGUUGUGGAUUGGGAGGGGCAUCUGUUAGACCCCUGAAAUGAAUCAUGUUCUUCACUUUUUUAAAACAGAGGGAGAGAAAUAUCAACUACUGUCUUGUAAGUGCAUCGUAUUCUAUCAACCUUAUGAAUUAGGGGGUAGGAAGUUAGCCUACGAGGGACGCGGGUGGCGCUGUGGGUAAAACCUCAGUGCCUAGGACUUGCCGAUCGUCAGGUCGGCGGUUUGAAUCCCCGCAGCGGGGUGCGCUCCCGUCGUUCGGUCCCAGCGCCUGCCAACCUAGCAGUUCGAAAGCACCCCCGGGUGCAAGUAGAUAAAUAGGGACUGCUUACUAGCGGGAAGGUAAACGGCAUUUCCGUGUGCUGCACUGGCUCGCCAGAGCAGCUUUGUCACGCUGGCCAUGUGACCCGGAAGUGUCUGCGGACAGCGCUGGCCCCCGGCCUCUUAAGUGAGAUGGGCGCACAACCCUAGAGUCGGACACGACUGGCCUGUACGGGUAGGGGUACCUUUACCUUUACCUUUAAGUUAGCCUACAGAAGUAAAACUGAGAAAAUAUGCUAGAACUAGGUUUGGAAAACCAAGUCCAAGGCAACUUACUGGGUUUCAAUAUAGAACACAAUCAUCUUCUUCUUGCCUGCAGACUUUUCUCCUGCAAGUGAUCAGAAAUUCUGUAUGGAAUAUGUACAGGGAGCUACCUGCAUGUUGAGGAAAGUCAGUUCAAAGUGAGUGGGCAUAGAAUUAAUCUAAAUGUUGUGAUGCUUCACAUGAAUGAAGUUAAACAUGGUAAUUUUUCUCACAGUCACUUGAUAACUUAUGUCCUUAUAUGUGCUUGAGGGUAGCAGCUGCUAUAGGUUUUUAUUAUUAUUUUUCACAUAUUGAUUGGGGGAAGAGAGCACUUGAGUGAACUCUACCCUUUGCUUUACAGACUGUGACUUGGUAUCUCCUGUGACUUCUACCAAGAAAUUUCUAUGCACACCAUCUACUGCAUUCAGAAGAUUUUGCCUAGAUAGUUCCUACUGCUCCUAAUGGAAUAGUGUGUGUGUCUAUUUUAGGAUCUUAGAAUUCAGAAUAUUUUGUUAUACCCAUAAAAAGUCCUGUAGCAAGCACCAAUAAUCAAUUUUAAUGGCUGCUGUUGUCUGUUCCAAACAUAUUAUUAACAUACAAGAUGGAAACAUCAUAUUUGCUUUCCAAUAACCAUGGUUAUCUUCUGCUUUUGUCUCCUGACACAGAGGUUUCUGAACUUAAUCUAGUUAAGAAGUAUUCUGAACUGGCAGUGAACUAACCAGGAGCAAGACUUUGGGGUCAAAGCAGAUAGCUCAGUAACAGUAGUGAUCCAGGGGACAGCAGCUGUGGGGGGAAAGUGAGUUCCAUGGUAGGGAUAAUAAGAGAAAGGAGUUAAAAUAGAACUGCUAAUAUCAUAAUGCUGUUCUACAUAUUUGUGGUGUGAACACACUUGAAAUAUUGUGUACAUUUCUGGCUGUGUUGCCUCAAAAGGAACACUGUAGAGGUGGAAGAGGUUUUGAAAAAGGGAACCUCCCCUGUGAGGAAAGAUUACACCCUUGGGGCUUUUUUUAGUUUAGAGAACAGGCCAAUAAUGGGGACAAACAAAAAUGAGGUGUAUUCGAUUAUGCAUGGCUUAGAGAAAGUGGAUAGGGAGCUUUUCUUUCUUGUAAUCCUAGAACCAGGGGCCAUCCAGUGAAGCUGGAACUUUGAAGAUUCAAUACAGACAGGACUUCUUCAAAGAGCAUAUAGUUAAACUAUGGAACUGCCUCGCACUAGAUGUAGAGGUGGCCAUUAACUUCUAUGGCAUUAAAAGGGGAUUAGACAAAUUCAUGAAGGAUAAGGCUAUCAAUGGCUGCUAGUCACAAUGGCUGUGUUCUGCCUGUCCUGUCAGAGGCAACGUGCUUCCUCCCAUGUAUGUGAUCUCAAAGGCAUCUGAUUGGCCACUAUGAGAACAGGAUGUUGGAUUAGUUAUACCUUUGGUCUGAUCCAGCAACUCUCUGUUUACAUUCUUACGUAGAUAGCUAAGGACUGCAGCCAAGCUUGCUUUGUUCACCAAACCCACCUACAUCCCCAUCAGACCCCCUCACCAGGGGUGUCAACUUGAAUAAAAUAUUGGGAGGCCCACAUAAGCUCUGCCAGUGUGGUGUAGUGGUUAAGAGCGGUAGACUCGUUAUUUGGGGAACCGGGUUCGUGUCUCCGCUCCUCCACAUGCAGCUGCUGGGUGACCUUGGGCUAGUCACACUUUUCUGAAGUCUCUUAGCCCCACUCACCUCACAGAGUGUUUGUUGUGGGGGAGAAAGGGAAAAGAGAAUGUUAGCCGCUUUGAGACUCCUUCGGGUAGUCAUAAAGCGGGAUAUCAAAUCCAAACUCCUCCUCUUCUUCUGCCCCACGUAAUCAAUCACAUGACAUGGUGCAUGCACACCAUUUGAAUGGCAGUGUGCAGUAAAUAAUUGAGUUGGCUCCUAUGCUUCUCACCAAAGCCACCCACUGCUUCCCCCUAGACCUUGCCCAAAUCACAACUCGCCAAAACUCCCCAACUCACCUGGACCACUCACUCACUUCCCUCAACAACCUCCCUCCAUUGGCCGGCAGCGGGGAGGAAAGAAAGGCACUUCUUUGUCCCCUUCACUGCUUCCAGUCUGCUGUGGGAAGCAUGAGAAAGAAGCCUGUUUGCUGCCCCCCCCCCCCCGCCUUGCCACUUGCUAGGCUAUCUGCUGGUUGGCCUGCUUCCACCUCUGGUUCCCUCCCUCUCACCCUCUGAUGCAGCUGCAAUGGCUAUCGUGCUGUAGUUUGCAGUGGCCCCUGGCUGUAACCAAUCAAACUGCAGUGCGACGACAUUCUUCUAUUUUUAUUGUACAUAUAGCUAGGUACAAAGUCCAUGUUUUGCCAACUUCCUCACUGGUCCCAAGCUAGUACCAUAUGGCAAUUGUACAAAGUGUUGAUUAUUCUGAAUAAGAUGGGAAAUUAGUCUUUAAUGGAAAUACCCAGGCAAGCUAAACUUAGUCUGUGCAUUCUUCAUUGCCUGUCACUGAUCUGGUGAAAUCAGUCUUUGGUAAUGGGUUAAUAACUAGGUUUUCCCCUUUUACUGAUUAUGCUUCUUUGCAAACUUUCUCCCCCUCCUCCCAAAAACUAAAAUGUGCUCAAGCCACUUGCAGUCGAGCAUUGAAAACUGGAUGUCAUUGUCACCAGGAGGGUAGAAUUGUGCAAUAAUAUUUUAAUCUUUAUGUCCAUGGUAAAUUGGCCCUAGCUAUGUUAAAAGCAAUAGUACUGUUGUUUGGAAAAGAUAACUUACUAUCUGAAGAACAUGCUUGCAUAAAUUAAAGAUUUUGAACAUUAGAAUUUCUGCAGCAUUAUAAUUUUUAAUCAAAAACCAAAAUGAGCAUACAGUAAUUUUAAAAACUGCUAUGUGGAGGUGUGGGUGGGCUGUGAUUUUAUCAGUUUAAAAGCAAUGAAAUAUCCAAGCCAUAAAAUCAUGUGCAGGAAGAUGGGUUUGUUUUUUUGUGUUUUUGUGUUGUUUUUUUAACUGUACAAGUAUAUAUAUCAUAGCUGUAUGCACAUUAUUUUUAUGGAAGUGAAGACUUACACUAGUAACUUUAUUUUAAAAAAGCACAGUGUAGAAGUUUAAACAAGCAGAUUGAACAUUUUAAAAUACAUUUAAAUUUAAGCAGAAUUUAUCUUACAAUAAAGGAGGCAUCAAGGUGAUAAGGCACAUAUAUAAAGCUUUUGCAUUUUUAUCAUCAAAUGUUAAUAAAGUAUAUGGACACCCCUGACUCUUAUAAACUCUGCUUCCUAUUAUUUAACAUCCAAUGUCAACAGUAAGUGAAACAAUAUUUGUUGGGGUGCCAGAAGGCAAAGAGAAGGCAAAUAAAAAGGUCAAGUUCUGCAGGAUUGUAGUGUUACAGCCGGCUUCAGGUAUGCAGCCAUUUUGGAAAAUGCAUGGAUUCUAAGAUGGCAUUGCAAACCUCCUAGUCUUUUCUUCUGUUUUGAUCCAAAAGUUUUAGUAUUGCAUAUGAGAAGGUAUAUUGGCUUUUGAUUUUGAGGUUCAUGAUGUUCAUGUGUGAGCAGUUUUAACAUAUUUUAUUACUGGUGUUUAAUAUACUUGUUGAUUACAUAAUCCUCCAAGGAAAAUAAUGCAAAAGACACCAAAUUAGUUUAUUCUGGAAAUUGUCAUAAGGAACAACUUAUACAGACAAGAGUUCUUCAACCAUCAGUCCUUGGAUGCUAUUGGGCAACAGCUCCCAUCAUACCCAGGCAGCUUAGCCAAUGGUCAGUGAUAUGGAAGCUGUAGACCAAAACAUCUGGGGACUCAAGUGUGAUGAAGACUUAGAUAGACCACAUUAGGAGUAAGAAGGUGAGGAUUUACCAUGCCUCAGAGACAGGAACCAAUGAAAAGUCAUUACUGAAUAAUUAUGAGAACCCUAAAAUGAUUCCCAUUUCUUUUGGAAGCUAUUUGGAAAACUGGGAUCAAGUAUAGAAUAUGUGAGUAGUGAUAAUCGCUAUUAUACACAGUAACUUAGUAAAAUCUUUAACUUUUCCAGUGUUUGUAAUUUGUAUGAUUAUGACUAUUAAAAAGGUAAUUGCUCAUUUUAAUAAGCCAGCCUUCUCAGCUUGGUGCCUUUUAGUUGUUUUGGAAUAAAACUUCCAUUAAUUUCAAUUUGUUUCUAAUGUUUCUUUCUAAUAGUUACUUUUUAAUUGCUCUUCAUAAAUCACUUAGAAAUUUUAUUUGGGUAAGUGGUGUAUAAAUUUUGUUAAAAAAAUAUAUCUGCCUCAGCCAGCACAGCCAUUAUAGUGGAAAAUAUUUGGGGAAGCUUGUAAUAGGCCAUUGUAUAUUUCCUUGGUGGUAUUACAUGAUUUUAGUUUGUUCUCUUGAGAUAUGUCUUGCUGGAAGUCAGUCAUAUGGCUUGGAAUUUGAGAUUUUUCUGUACAAAUUCAAUGCAAUCUUUCUGCAGGAAACAUAAGUAUGUAAGUUUCAGAACUUAGUUUUAAAGGGAUUUUCGACUUGUACUCCCUGUAUAUGAACAGGAGAUUUCUCUGGAAUAUUAGCAGUGUUAGCUGCCAUAGGGUUAAAUGUUGAAUGACAGUUUUGUUACAGUUUCCCAGUGUUUUAUGGGUAUUCAAAUGCUGUGCAGACACCAGACUAUAGAUUCUUGUUGUUGUUAAAAUGUAUGUUCAUUCUUCCCAUAAAAGUGAGUUUUUAAUGUCAAAGUUAUGGGGUGAUUUAGAUAUUUUUGCUAACACUUCAGUAGUAGAUUCCCAUAUAUUAUGAUUGUAUAUCCUAUGUCAGGAUCCAAAUGAUGGCAGUUUGUGCUUCCUUACAAAUAAUGCUAAUAAUACAUAUAAUUUGGGUUAUAUUAUAGCUCAGAAUUUGAAAAUGCUGAUGUGCCAUCUUGAGACAUUUAUUGGCAAAACUUGCAAAAAUCAUGGUGGAGUGGGGAAAAUUCUACGAAGAAGUCUGGAGCACAAAUAUGCAUUGAAGUAAAACGGUAAGCUGGAAGGAACAAGUUAAAGGAACUUGGACACAAAAGGAAGUUAAUAAGCAGCAUUCAAUUUUGGCAAACUCUCAUGAGAGUCAACGCCACACUUGCCUAAAAAAAUCCACAAUAGUUUAGCAUGUUGGUCCUUCCAGUUUGUUGUGCCAAAGAACUUGCAGAAUUUGAGGACUUCCACAAAGAGGAGUUAUUUCAGCUACUUGGAAUGUAGAUUGCGUUGUAAUAACUACUGUGGACGAUGGUGUUCAGGUAGCAAGAAUGCACAGCCUUCGCUUGUGGAGCGACUUGCAUAGGUGAUGAAGGAGCAGGCAAAUUCAGCAGCAACAGUUCUUUAGCUGAGGGACAUUAGUAGCAUAUGGUUUCAACAUUUUGCAAUAUGUACAGUGAAUGCCAAUGCAGCUGUCCUAUAGCUGUAACACACUAUUAUUGAAGUCAUCAGGAGGGAUACGUGUGAUGCUCUAAGAAGAUCCCAUGCACUUGUAAGAUGUGGUUGGUGUUACAGUUGUCAGUAGAAAGAAAAUUCUUAUGGAAAAAGUAUGGACAUUGAUAAGGCGUUCACAUAACUUUAGUACCAACGAGGUUUCAGUUUGCAGUACAGUUUGUUUUAUAAUCUGCAAGUCAUUUUGUGGAUGAGGCAGCACUAUUUAUCCAGAUGUUUACUCCCAAAUUCUUCCAUUUGGGAGGAUGUUUUAAUUGCUGCAUGCUGACCUGCUACUGAGAUGGCCUUAUUUGGAGGCAAGGACAUAGCUGCAGUCUGUGUGUUCCCUCUGCUGGUGAAUAGGGGUGAUUUUUGGAACCUAUUAUUGAGCUGAAGUCACAAUUUUUAGAAACUAGAUGCAUGUCUCAAGCUGUUGAACUCUGCUUGCCAGGGAAAAAAACGCACAAUGAAAACCUAUUGCAAGCAAUCCAGACUGAAAUAUGAAAACUGCAAAGGAAAUGACUGAAUUUGAUAUUGUUUUCUCUCUUGGUAAACACAAGCCUAACACCUGGCGAACAUUUCAGAAUGUAGAAUUCUUGAACUCUUCAAUGUAUAUAUUAAAAGAGCACCUGCCGUAUUGCUGUACAGUAUGUCGUAACUAGAAUUGAACUUUUAAGUGCUUCAGUGCCUUUGCUUGCCUAGUUCUGUUACAGCAGGGGUAGGAAAGUUCAUGCCAACAGGCCAGGUUUGUCCUGUGAGGCCAUUUUCAAAAACCACACCCACCUGCCAACCAGUUACAGCUUUAAAUGAUUUAGGGUGCGAUCCUGCCCCGCUAGUCAGCAAUGACAGGGCUUGAUGCAGCAGUGCAACCAAUGCCGCCUUUAACAGCACUUGAACUGACUGAGACAAAAGUUAUGGUGGGGAGGGAGGAAAGAGAAAAAUGCCCUUUUGCUCCCAUGUUGUUGCGCUGAAGAUACCUGGACUGGGCCUGUCACCAUCAUAUGAAGGCAGCAGGGUCCACACCAGAGCCAGCAGAUGCUAUGCGGGCCCAGCCCUUCCAGAGACAUCCCAUUUGGGGGAGUUCUGUCUAUUGUCAGCAGCAAUAACACUCGAGGUAGUUACUGCCUGCCAACCACUUGGGCAGGCACACCAGAGCACUCCUUACUGUCUAUGGCAAAUGUCCCCCACUGGUAGAGGCUGGUGGCGCAGGGCUAGGUGCAAGGACAGAUUGGGGGUUUGGAUUACUCUGUCCUCUGUCAAUCUUUAAAUUUCCAUUUUAGUAAACUGAAGCCAACAGUAACUUAGGUUGUUCUUGCACAUAAUGUUAAGCCAUUGUCUAUUUUAACCAUGGUUUGUUCAACAGAUCCGGCUGUGUCUUGCUGAUGAGAAGUUGGCUGCUGGUGCUGACCUUGCUUUGUGCUUUUGUGGCAAGGCAAGUGUGUGGGGUGAUGUGCCAAAACAAACCAUAAUUAAACCAGGAUAGUGGGUUUUGAUGUCAUGUAAAUCAGUCAGCACAAGUUGAGAUUUGCUAAACCAUGAUUUCAUAUUCAGGUUUAUUGACUGGGGUGUGUUUAGAGGUACAAAGUACAAUUAAGCUAAACAAAUUACAGCUUAGUGGUGCAUAUAAACUCUGCUAGUGUGUAGCUUGUUUAUAUUGAAAUAGUACACAUUACAGUACAAUAUGUAGAUCCACUUCUGUUUAUUGUUGUGCAUUUAACGUUUCCAUACUAAUAUAUUGACCUCAGCUACAGAAAUUCCCAUAUAUGAUAUAUAGAUAUUUAUAUACAGAAAUGAGAGAGCUGCCAUUUUGGCAUAGCUGUCAUAUUGAAAUAUGCAUUUUCCAAGAUGGAUCCACACCUGCAAUAGAACAUUAAUUUCUACAGUCCUGCAAAAGAGGACUGCCUUCUCACAGUUUUCAAUUAGGAUCUGUUUUGCUUUAUGAAAUGUGUUUCAAAAAUUAUUCUCUCUAUAUUCCUGUAUGAUGUGUGAAAUUUUUGUAUUGUAUUAUAACUAAAUGUUGUUUUCAAAAUAGCUGCUACUCACUUUAAGCUUCUUGCAAAAAGAAACGCUCCUGGUUUAUUUGAAACUAUGGAUCCAGAUGUUUCUGUGUGGCCUGGUGUGGUAGCUCUUUACUCCUCAGAUGAGACCACAUUUUGUGGUGUGGUAAGAGACCUCCAUACAAUUGACAGGCAAUUCCGUACUAUUUUAACAUGUAUGCCGUACUGAGUACUUGAUGACAUAAAAUAAGUUACUAGAACGAUGAGCCUUAUUGACAUCCAUAGAUUUUACAAAUGACUUCUAAAACUAUGGAUAACUGUAAAGAAAAGUUUACAUGAAUGAAAGUUGCACUUUCUGUGUUAUGAAUGAGGUUUUUUAUGAAUAUGAUGAAUGCAUGUACAAGGAAGUAGGGAUAAUGUUUAUGGUGCAAAAAAUGUACUUGCUUUAAACUGCGUUAUGAAAAUAAAGCAUUACAUGAAUG